GACGUCAGUAGAUCUCAUUCACAAGUACGAGCCGUAUAUAUAAGCUCUUCGAGGCGCUCAUAAGUAGAAGCUACUUACGAAAAAGUUCAUUAAUUAAACUUUUUAAGAGGCAAACUUAACGAAUACACUCAAGAAGAAGAAGAAAGGACAAGCUUCAAGAGUCUUACAACUUUUGUCAGUGUGAUUUUUUCCCCCACAUCUAACAAGCUACCCGGAACAAAGGACUCACCGUUUUGAAUUAAUCUGUAACUGGGAUACGAUUUUUUUGGUCCUCCAACCACUUUGACGUGUGUUCACCUGUCGCACAAGCUUUAUGUAUUUGGAUUUAACCUUCUACUUCAGCCGUCCUACUAUGGUCAUAAUGGAGGUCCCGACCAUCGACUGUGCGUCCCUCCGCGGCUCGUUGGAGGGCGACGUCCCCAGCUGCCUGGUGCUGGACUGCCGCUCCUUCCUCUCCUUCAACUCGUCCCACAUAUCGGGCUCCACCAACGUGCGCUUUAGCACCAUUGUCCGCAGGAGGGCCAGGGGAGGUCUAGGACUUGAGCACAUUGUCCCCAACGAGGACACAAGAAGCAGGCUUAUUUCAGGAGAGUAUGAGUCGGUAGUGCUGCUUGAUGACCGCAGUUUGGAUUUAAGCCAGGCGAAGAAGGACGGGACUUUGGUGCUUGCUGUCACGGCUCUGUGUCGCGAUCCAUGUGGAGCCAGGGUCUUUAUUCUGAAAGGUGGUUUUGAAACAUUUUCCUCAGAGUAUCCAGAGAUGUGUACCAAACCCUCCCCUCCACAGGGGCUUAGUUUGCCCCUAAGCUCGAGCCAUCCAGGAAGCGCAGAUCCAAGCUGUAGUCCAUGCAAUACUCCUCUAUAUGACCAGGGAGGCCCUGUGGAGAUCUUACCUUUCCUGUACCUUGGCAGUGCUUACCAUGCUUCAAGAAAAGACAUGCUGGACAUGUUAGGUAUCACUGCUCUAAUCAACGUCUCUGCCAACUGCCCCAACCACUUUGAAGACUCCUUCCAGUAUAAGAGCAUCCCUGUUGAGGACAACCACAAAGCCGAUAUCAGCUCGUGGUUCAACGAGGCAAUCGAGUUUAUCGAUUCUGUAAGAAAUAAAGGAGGUCGAGUUUUUGUGCACUGUCAAGCUGGCAUCUCCCGCUCCGCCACAAUUUGCCUGGCCUACCUCAUGAGGACAAACCGCGUUAAGCUGGACGAGGCAUUUGAGUUCGUCAAGCAGCGCCGCAGCAUAAUCUCCCCAAACUUCAGCUUUAUGGGUCAGCUCCUCCAGUUCGAGUCACAGGUCCUGGCAACGUCGACCUGCUCCUCAGAGGCUGGCAGCCCGGCCAUGGGCAACAGCAGCACUGUCUUUAACUUCCCAGUCUCCAUCCCUGUACACACCUCUGCUGGUCAGCUCUCGUUCCUCCACAGUCCCAUCACCACCUCUCCAAGCUGCUGAGAAGGAGAAUCUAACACAGACUUUAUUUGAACUUGAACCGCACCAGAACACUAUGCUGAUCAUAAACCAUUCAAUGGUUCAGUGGUGAUAUUGGUAUCACCGUAUAUUAUGGGAGCUGUUGUUAGGGUCAGAUCAUUUGACCCUGCCAGGGAAAUUUCUGAACGUUAGUUUCGUCAUUUCAAUGGGAGAUGUAAAACUACCACCAGGCAGUAUUCUAGUUUUACCUCCUAAAUGUGAAAUUCAUCCACACAUUUAGAUGGCUUUAGGAAUGGCUGAAAAAGAAGUAGAGUUUAUUCCCGAAGUUUGAAGUACCUGAAUGUUCUUUAUUCUAAAGGACGUUUUAUUUAUGAAGGCAACUGCUGUCGAUAAUCAGAAUCAUUAAGAAGCAAACAAAGAGUAGAGGGCCUACAGUUGUCUCAGGAAAGUUAACUUAACCCCUCUAAUGUCCACUCUGCUUUCUGUAGUGGUUUAAGAAAGCAAUCUAUGGCGUGAAGAUUACCCCUUCAUGUCACGAUCAAUGAAUGUAUCCCCCUGUUUUCAGAGCAGAUGUAACACAGAUCCUCAUGUUCACUUUGAGAGUUGAAUGGGUUGCAAAAUCAGAAGCAAAAACCUGCCUUUCAAGACAUCAUGGAACCUUGACGAUCCUGACACUCUGGGGAAACGGACCAUUAAAUACCUCAUGUUUCUGUACUGUGUGCUGCAGUGCUGAGAUGACAGAACCCUGCAACUAAAAAGUGGGAAAUGUGGUCUUCAGCAGCUGCAUUCUGACAUAUUUAUUGAACUAAAGUAAUAUAUUUCUUUAUCAUAUCUAUUUUUUGCAUAAUGUUUGUUUAUAUGUUGUUUUUAUACUGUUGAAUAAAUCGCAUUUGACUUUCGUAAA